AUGGAGACCGAAUUCAACCUCGAUCAAGAAUCCAAGAUGCUUUCUGAAGACAUUCGAAAAGAACUUGACAAGAUUACCGCACGGGCCACAUCACGUAGAUAUACCCGCGAGUAUCAAGAUCGGCGAGAGCAGGAGGAGAACACAAUAUCCUACAAGGAGCUCGUACCAGCUACACUCCAGAACUAUGAGACGAGUGCAAAAAACUGGAUGCUACUAGCCAAUUCCAACGCCACAAGUUCUAAAAUCAUUUGUAGAGAACACAAAACUUCUUAUUCUAUCUCAAAGAAGGUCAAGGACGAUGUUCUGAAUAAUUUGAAGUAUUUGACCUUCAACAUAAUACGGAGCUCCCAAGAUGGUAGUUUGAAACGUUGGCGCUAUAAUAAUAAGAAAGACCUGCCGAAGAAUUGGCUCAGAGAGCACCCUGCUCUCGGAAUAAGCUUUGUAUUCUGGGUAAUAGUUCAUGGGGUCGCAGACAGGGCUUUCAAGGGCCUCACAACUAUGGCAGAGGUUCUCUCUAUGAGACCUCCCAACAGAUAUAAGUCACUCACCCUUGAGUGGAACAAGAGCAAGAAAGAAUUGCUAUUUUUGCGGAUGAUUGAUCAUGACGGCCCUCAAGGAAGUAGGGCGCUGACAUUCUCUGCUCUACGGCAUAGCUUCUCAAGCCUAGCGCAACGAAUGUGUUUUAGGGAUAAACUACGGGUGCACAGAAUCCGUAGAGGUGUUGCAAAUCAGAUCGACCCCAAGGCAUCUAAAGCAGCUCGUGGUCAGGCUCUCGACCAUCAAAACCACAGUACAUUUCUCAAGUACCAGUCAGUACUCAAGUCCGUCGACAUCCAGUCCGCAUUCUAUGAUAUAGAACCUGACUAUGAAUGUCGUGAUAUGGAGCAGAGUCUUGCCCAUCACCGAGACAUCAAUAUGCCUCAGAAAUUAGAUGCGGCCACAAUCACGAAGUUUACAGAGUCAGAAGAGGUUCAAUCUAUAAUUCAGAGAAUACGUCACCUAACCUUUGAAAUAUCUGGAAAGCCACAUCUAUAUGAGCACCUUGCAAAAGAAAGAUCACAGCUUUAUACAAGGAAGGCAAAAGCGAGUAUUCAGGACUGGUGGAACUCCUCUUAUGAAGAAUACAUCACUGGAAACGAGUUCACAGAGCGGGACAGAAUGUCAUUGUUCGAGAUCUACAAAAAGUAUCUCCCAGAACGCGCAAGGGUUAGAGAGCUCUUGUUUACGAAGACAACAUUGGAUAGCGAGAUUGGCAGAGCAUGUCUUGAAGAUAUGGUUACGCUUUGUACCUCUACUGAGCGUGUCGUAUACUAUCCAGGGCUUUUUCCGAAGCAGAACCAAUUUCCAACCUGCGCUCGUUCUAUGUUCGAGUAUGACCAAUUGCCUCUCCUCUGCUUAAUAUAA